UUUAGCCAGGGAAAUUCCCUUCUGAAUAUUUCCGAUAGUUUAUUUCACUGUUAUCAAACAAACUACUGGAGAAGGUGUCUUUUAGAAAUCCCAUAUAUUGUUUCUUUUCUGAUUGUCAUUAACCCUAUUCCCCAUGGAGGAAGGCAAGUCAAGCACUAGGGGAAGAAAAAGGAAAACAGAUGAUUCAAACCUGAGUCCUGAAGAACAAGAAAAGAAGAAAAAGAAUAGAGAUGCAGCCAAAAAGUGCAGAGAAAAGAAAGAAAAAGAAGCCCAGGAACUAAAACAAAGAAAUGCAGAGCUUGAAAGUGAAAACAGCACCCUCUCUAAAGAGAAGAUCAAACUCCUGGACAAAAUUAAAGAGUUCAAAACAAUCAUUCAAAUUCACAUGGACAAAGGAUGUUCACUUCCCCCUGACAUUGAAAUGCUUUUCCAGGAAGGUUCUUUAGAUGAUUUCAGAGAAGUGGGCUACAUUGAAACGCGUGUGGACUCAAGGAUGCACACCCCACCUCACACACCAGAUAGUUCCUCUUCUGAUCAGCAUUCUUCACCAAUGCCCUUUAAACCUAAUGAUCCAGCACCUACUGCAUUGUUCAGUGGAACUCCUCUGCCGAAUGAAGUUUGCAGUAAGAAGAAUAUUGUCCCCAGCAGAUCUCCAUCUCGAUCCCCAGGACCUCAAGGAGCAACAUUUUUUCAAACUCAAACUGAGACAAGAGAACUCUCUCAUAUACUACUUAAUUCAAAGAGUCUGCCACCUGUAUUAAAUCCAAUACAAGUUUCUUUAUCUAAAAUUCCAACAAAUAUAACAAGGAGUACUCCAUUUCCAACAGUUGUAAUUGAUGAUGAUGAUGAUGAUGAUGUGCAAGUGUGCAAUGAUGUUACUGAUGUUUCAUUUAAGCCUCAUACCCAAGAGACACUGCCAAGUCAAAAGUUACAUUGGGUCCCUGUUUCAGAGCAACCUGGAAGUAGCAGUGUUUUAAAUAAAGCAUUCGAACACCCUGACAUUCCCAGUGAAGAUGUCAUUGCCAAGCAACUUUUUGCGAAAGAUGAUAGUCAUUAUUUCAACCAGCCUUACGAAUCUCUGAGAAAUAGCAGCUUUGGUUCUGAAAACCAAACUGAAAAUUUGAAGUCCCUUGGGUUCAACAGCAGUGUUCAAUCUUUGCCAGAGGGAUAUUCUUACACAGAGGAUUUGGCUGAGGUUGUCUUGCCUGACAGUAUCUCUGACUUCACUAAUGCAACUGUGCAAUAUGUUUCACAGGAGAUUGAAUCUCAAACAGAAUCUGAUAUUCAAAUAACAAACUCUCAAGAAAAUGCUGCUACCAUCCAUGAAUUUGAACUGGGAGUGUUAUCAUCUGCUAUUUUAGCUUUGGGUCCUGGUGUGUCAGACCAGCUUCAAGAGCAGAUUAAAAAACAGUAUCCCAUAACAGACCAGCAGCUUGGGCAACCCAACCACUAUAUGGAGACAACCAGUCACACAAAUGUAAUCAGCAGGCCUCAACAAGCCAUUCCUGAGAGUCAUGAGAAAUACAUGACAGUUAUUGAUUCCAAUGAAAUUACAACUUUAAAUUCUAGGAACAUUAAUAAAAUCAGCCCUCAAACUAUUGCCCAGCCACAGGCUUCUGUCCAGAAGUACAACAAUGGACAAUCCAUAAUCACUGUUGAUGAACUUUCUAGUGCUAAAUUAAUUAGACUUCCUGAUGGGAAAAUAUUAAUAUUUCACUCUGGAACAGUGGUAAAUCAGCCUGUCCUUAGGGCAGAACAGGCCACACAAAAUAUAGAGCAAGAUCAACAAUCUUCAAUCCUAGAACUAAAUUUACCUAGUCUAAAUUUUGAGGAUUUGCAGCAAAAUGGCAACAUAUUUGAUAAGACCAAAUCUAAAAGUAGCUCAUCAAGCUAAUAGAGCCAGCUUGAAUGUAUUUUUUUACAUCCAUAUUAACAGUUUCUCAUGUGUGUUGUCUUAUAUUUAACUUCAAUGUCAUUUAAUAGAUAUUGGCAGUAUCAUUGCAUUUGAACUAUAUUAAAACUAAAGAGAAGGCCUCUGCUAGCUACUAUUUUUACUAUAUAAAAAGACUUAUCAUUUCUUAUAUAUAUCAUUUCUAAUGUAAAUUGCACUGGUAAAUAUUUAGAACAUGGAAAGAAUAAUUGAAUUUUUACUAUCACGUAAUGCACACACAGAUUUUGAGAGUUCUCAUUUGUAAAGUUAAAUAGCAAUUGUAAAUUCAAAUAAAAACAUCAUUUCAGGACUUGGAUGAGUUAUCAACAAAUGCUUCUAUUUUAUCAUCUUCAUUUACACCCACAGUUUAUGAAAUAAACAAAUAUUUAAAAAAAAAUAACUUUAAAACUUAGUUUGUGUAGGAAUUUCUUAAAAUAUUAAAAUAAAAUUGUUAAAUAUUCUUAAUUUUUUUUUUUUUUUGAGAAAAUAUUGGCUUUGUGGUAUCUGUUCAGUUCUAAGGGAUGAGCUUAGUUUGAGUUCUAGGUUUUGUUUUAGUGUCACUUUUGUUAUUGAGAUAGUUUAAAGGUUAUUGGUAAUCUUAUUGUAUUUAUGAUUAGGUUUAAAUAACAAGAGUAGCCUACAGCGUUUAUAUAUCAAUUAGAUCAGUGUAUUUGUGACUUUAUAGUACUUACACUGCAUACCUUUUUAAUUUGUCUUCCACUUUCAAAUACUUUCCCAAAACAUUUGCAAAAACCUGAUAUUAAAUAUUAUAAUAUUCAUGCCUAAAUCAGAUACUUCAUAUAUACUUUUUAUUUCCUCUUGAAGAGCAACCAAAUUCUUAAAAAAAUCAAUUUGAGACAUUACUAUAGUGCAAAUAUUUUUCUAUUGUUGUAUAAGUUUUUUUUGGUGAACUUUCAUCUCUUAACUUCUUCAAGAAAUCCCUAAAAUCCUAUUCUCAUUAAUUUUUAGUCUGAUUACUACUUGUAACAAUUAAAACAUUUUGAAAUAAUUGAACUCAUACUAUGUAUCUUUCAGAAGCCUCUUUUUGAUAUCCUUCAUUACAAUACAUUUGUCUGCAGCUGGGUUUUGUUUUCUUUUAUAUAUAUAUAUAUAAAUGAUUUAUUGAAAGUUUUAAUUCUUGUCUUUGGUAGACAAUUGUAUUUACAACUUUUAUGUUUUCCAUAUACCUUACUUCUACAGAGAUUCUAUUAAUAAUAGCUUCAAUACAGUUAAGCUAUUUUUGCUCUAGUUAACAAAAGUAAUAGAGCUCAGUAUUUUUUUUUUCUUAUACUUCUGAUAAAUGAUUUACUUUUAAAAUUUAGACUGCAUAUUUUUUAUUUUGUUAUACAUGAGUUUUCAGAAAUUUAAUAUCAGAUGUAAAAUGUUUGGCGUACUUCAUGUAGAUAGUAAUUAGUGAUUCAGAUGCCAAGGCCAGUUAAUUCUAUGUUAUACACUCACACUAAUUAAUAAGGCAUACACAUAACAAUGUGUUUAUUUAUUUUACAUUUCCAUUAAAAAAUUGUACAGAAGCUUGGAAAACCUAUUAUUUAGUAGAUUUUUUAGAGUUUAAAUCUCUAAAUGAGCUUGAACAGCUACAUGGAUAAAGCAUAGAAUUGAAAAAGAUGAAUUGUUAGUAAUGUAUAAAUUAGAUAUUGUUUGUGUAGCUAAUGUAUAGAACUAGUUGUCCCUAACUCUGACCUAAAGAAACUCCAGGCUUGUUACAUUUAUGUGUAUUCAAUCUAAUUAUAUUUUUCAGUCUCUCUGUAAACUGUGCCAUGAGUAAUUUUACUUGACUACAUAAGCUUCUGUUUAUCUUUGAUCAUGUUUUCUUGUCUUGAGCACACGCAAUUCUUAUUAGAUAGUCUAAAUAUAAGCACAUUGUAACCUAAAGUCUUGCACGUUAUUUGUUUAUAUAAUAUCAUACUUGUUAUUUAUUUUACAGUAACACAAAAAAUUCUAUUAACAAAAUACUAAAACAUCACUUAAUCAAUAACUCUCUUGAAUUAUCUUAUUUUGUUUUACACUUUAUUCUCAAAUAUCUUUUUCCUUCAUGUUGUUAUCAAGAUUGAUUGAUCAAUGUCGAAUCAGUUUGCAAUUCAUGUUUUUUUUUCAAUUGAGCCAAAGACCAAAAUUUUUAAAAUUAGAAAUUACUUUUUUGAAUGUUUUUAAUUUAAAAAAUUGUGUUAAUUUUUUAUUUCUUUUAAAUUCACUUUAUUAAACAUAAAAAUUUAAAUUCAAUGAAAUACAAAAAAUGAUGCGUAAGCACUUUAAGUUGAGUAUUUUAAGGCUAGGGUAUUUAAUUGCUAACAUGAAGAUUAGCUUGGUGAAUAUAAGUUUUAACCUUUUAAUCUUACUCUGGUUUAAUCAUGUAAUAGCUGUUAGCAUAGAACAAGAUAAAUAAUUGAAAACAUCUUAUUGCUUUGUGCACAUGGGUUGAUUAACUCUGGUCACCUAUUAUGAUGUCAAUGAAUUUGUUACUUAACUGCUAUAAUCUAUUUUUGUUUCUCUUGUCACUCAAAAAAAAACCUUUAGUGUCUGGCAGAAUAUAUGUUCAUGGAGGGUCUAAAUAGAUUGGACGAGUCAAUAAUUGUCAAGAACACUGGCCUGUAGGCACUUAUUUCACUAGAUUCUGCAUCUACUUUGAUUUCCAGUGUAACCACUGUGGUCAGAGAAAACAGUGAGGUAUCUCUUGUUUGAGUAUUCCCAGCUCCAGAAGCUCAGAGGAGAUGUAAAAGUCCUAUCACUCACCCUGGUUGCCUCAUGGCAUUAUGAAAACCAACAGUUUUUGUCAGUGUGCUACAGGAGUUGUCCUUCCUAACCCCCCCCCCCCCCCCCCCCAUUGUUCUAAUUAUGCUACACUCUUUACUUUUUCUUCACACACUAUCGUUUCUGACUUUGCAAUUCCUUUGACCUGCUGCUGUAUUUAAUUAAGAUAUUAUGACUAUAAAUUUUCUGUAUUGCUGUUUUCCUUAAUGGGUGAAGAAACAUUGAGUUGUUUUAUAUGUUUUUAAUCAUCAUUCAUCUCUGCCAGUUUCAUAGAAAAAUGUGAAUAUGUUUAUAUUUGUACAGGAAGUAGUGAAAAAUAUAUAUACUUUAAAUUUUUUGUGUGCAUGGAUAUUUAAGUUUGAUAAUUUUGUAUUUAUAUCACUGUUGCCUAGUCAAAACUUUAUAUGGUCAGAAUUGUUAGGCAUUACAUCAUGACUUCUAGUAAACACCAUGGAUUACAAGGCACAUUUUGCUUUAAUAUAAAAAAAAAUAUAGGCCCCUGGCAGACACUGGCUUUGUCUACAUCAGAUGUGGAUAAAUAUGCAGGUCACAACUGGGAAUGUGUAGUCCUGUGAAACACUGCACUCAUCCUUAAUUUUUGAAAUGGAAGACAUUGCAAUUAUAAACUUCUGACUAGGUAAUGUUUAUUUAUAUAUGUGAGGAGAAAAAAAGUUGAAUUUAUUUUUAUAAUUUUGUUUUUAUUCUAUUGGUGUUAGUAUUUUAGUAUUGAAUACUUUAAUUUUUAACAACACUAAAUGAAAAUGUGUAAAAAUUUAAGAAAACACUUUUUUUUUUUGAAAGAUACUCCAAUGUUUUCAUUACAUUGUUUCUCCAAAUGUGAAGAGGAUACUUAUCAUUGUAUUUAUAGUAAUAAUAAUUAGUGUAAAUAAUGUUAUGAUAAUGUAAUAGAAUAUUUGUUUAUGUUAGCCAUGUCAUUAGGGAUGUUCAGAUAACUCUCACUCCCUGUCUAAUUGGCUUAUAUUAAUUAUGCCUCAUGUAUUUUCAAGAGAUUUUGUCAACUCUCAUACAAUGGGAGCCGGGACUGGGUUUAUUGGUUCAAACCCUUGUCUCUGUACCUUUUAUUGCUUGAAUUGAUAACACAAACCAUAUUUUUACAAGGCUUGUAUACCAGUUACUCUUUGUUUUACAAUCAAAUGUAAUGUUCAAAAUGUUAUGUUAACUGAAAACAUGACUUUUUGAAAAACGUAUUUUUGCUUUAUUCCAUUAAUGGAUAUGUGUAUGUAAGCUUGUAAUUUGUUUAAAAUAGUUUAAAAACCAUAUUAAUCCAUGUUUAAACUUGUUGAGUUCUUGGUACAAUAAGAUGAACUAGAGACUGAUGUACACUAGCUGAUAUAUCUGUUGUCUGAGUUCCCAAUAAAAUAUAAUAAAGAAAAGUUCAAA